AAUAUUGGCCGUGCCCUAACAGACUUGACCCUCGACCUCUUAUAGGUUGGUGGUAGAGAGCAAUCUCGCUUCCAAUCAAUCGGCUCGCACUAGGUCUUGCACUAAACUCCAGUGCGAGUAGUUGUUUUAAUGAAGUUGUCCUCUUUUAUUUGUAAAGUUGUAGCAAGGUGAAGAUUCGUGGUGUCGUGCAUCGAAGAAGACAAUACGAUGAAAUCCGCAAGGGCUAUAAAAUCGACAAUGCGUAUUACAAAACGAAUGAAUGUUGCUCAUGAGCGCACUGGAAUCAUCCUAUUUGAGUUACGUCACCACGAACAACUUGAGAAAGUGAGGAAAGUGACUGGUUCAGGUGUCGACUCAUCCUGGCGCGGUAAAUCAUGGUGUCUAAUGGAAUUGGAGGAAGAUCUAAAAACCUUCGUCAGAAAGUUACCAGUGUGUAAAGGACAAGUGAAGGGCGUUCUCAUCCACACCUCAUCGCUGAUCCUGUUUGACCGCGCAUCUUCCGGAGAAGAUUUUGUGAGUGCUUCACAAUGUGCUUGUGCAAUAUUAAAACUCCUGAAUCCCUUGGUUGUCACCUAAAGCAGCUUCUUAUGGAAGCUGAAAGAAAAGUGCAAGAAUUAGGUGGUGGCCUUCUAUCUAUUGAAGAUACAUCUUAGCAUCAUUUAGUAUUAUCAGCUGUCAUGGUGCUUCUGCAACAAUGACUGGCUGCGGAGGUGGAGCGGAAGCAGCCGUUGACAAGCAGCUACUGCUCUGGGAGAGACGAGCUAAAGGAUUAAAGAAAAUGUUAUUAGGUUUUGAUCAAGCAAGACCUCCAGAUGUACCCCUCUUGGUUGCUGUUGAUGUAACUGGAACAAAUUCUGUAAAUGUAAGAUUCCAAGAGCCAGAACAACAAGACUCGGCUAUAUGAACCAAAUUCAAAGUUCAAUGGAGCUGCUCAGAAGCCUUCAGUCCUUUAGCUGGAGAGAGAGAAAUUUUAGAUAUGAAACACAUGGAAUGUCACAUAGGUGAUCCGAUUCAUGGACAAAGGUAUUAUUUCCGAGUAGCUUGUGGCAACUUGAAAGGUUAUGGAAAGUUUAGACAGUCUACACCUACAUCAGUUAUUCCUUCUAGUUGGCGGGAUGUUGAGGGUCGUGAGCCAAGAUUUGCAGGAAGUCUGCAACUUCUUGAUGACCUGUUUUCUGAAAUAAGAAGCUCAAGACCAGAACAAGCAGCAUAAAUAAAAGCUACUGUUCAAGCUGGAGAAACUCCUGGAAUUCAAAGACGAAAUCAAAGAAAGAAAACUACUAUUAAACAACUCUUUACUGUGGCAUCAAAAUUUCAGAAAAAUUUCAGAAGGGGUGUAUUUCUGGACUGUUUAUUGUGCCAUGAAGAUAAAGUGUUAGUAACUAAUGAAGACUUCUUGCCUGUGAUUGAAAUGGAUGAAACAUAUCCUAAUUGUAUAUAUAAUGAUUUUCAAUGACUAAUGAAGGUUGCCUGUACAUGGGAUGAUGUCAAAUCUCUUUGACAGGAUAUGAAGAAAAGCUUCAGCUCUUCUACUGUACAUUUUCGUAUCAAGUUGUUACAAGCACCUGCUCAAAUGCAGACUGCUUUAUGUACGCAAGAUCUUGGACAACUCUUCCACUGACCAAUAAAGGAUUCUCAGGGAACAUUAGUGAUCUCCACAGUGAAUUAUGUACGCUCACCAAAAUGUGUAUCUCUUUUAAACUCAAGAUGAGAAGAGAAAUUAAGAAAAGUGCAAAAUGCUCCCAUUAAGAAAAGUGCAAAAGAAACUGGCUACUCAUGAGGAACCACAUGUGGGAGAAUUGCAUAUGGCUUCCAUACAGG